CCAAUUGAAUCAAAUCUCAGAGCUCUCUCUCUCUGUCCGACCCAGAAGUCUCUCUCUCUCUCGCUCACACCCAUCGCCAAAUAAGAAGUGAACCCAAGAACCCAUAUCGAUUGGAACGCCGAAUUUCAGCUGUGAUCGUGAUUUGGAUAUUGAAGCUUUGAUUCUUUGCUGAAAGAUCGUUUAUCCAGCUCUGAGAACUUCAAAUGGAAGAUGAAUGGAAAAUUACUGAGGCCAUGCCACAGCUCAUGGUGGCUUCAGAAAAAGCAUUUGAAGCUGCAGAUUUCUAUGAACUCUUAUUUGGAGCACAGAAAACUCGAUACAAUGAGUUUCCCAUGCAGAGUCGAACGUCUGACAGGUACUGCCGGGUUGCAUGUGUGGAGCUCACAAUAGGUUCCAGCCCUCUUGUGGUGAGGGAUUUUGACAGUAUAAACAGUAGGGUUGUGAGAGAUGUAAAUUCAUGGGUUUCCACUUGCCUCCGCCUUCAAUGCUUGAACCUGGACCUUAUGAUGGCAAGGGCUGUCAGUAUGGGCUGCACGGUUCUUAAAGAAAUUUUGGAGGAUCCAUUUCGUCCUGGUGUGAUGGUCGGCAUUAUAAGAGAUCCAUUUGGCCAUGUAUGGAAGCUCAGCGACUCAUCUUAUAAAUGGCGUCUCAGAAGAGGGUUUCAUGAACACUGAGUGCAUGAACGUGUUGCUUCAAGGUUGGAGCAAGAGUAAGAGGGAGGAGAACAAAGGGCUGUUUGAAACCUAUGAUUUCACACCAAUGGUUGGGUCCUGUGAGACAAAGAAGAAUGCAGCACAUAUAGUCAGUACGUGCAGACAUCGAGGUCCCUUAUUUGACCCCAUUCUGUUUGAUUGCAAAUACACGGUAAGCCAUCAUGGAAUCUUUUGUAUCUUGAAUGUUUAAUCAUAUUAUUCUUAGAUAAAGUUAAUUAAUUUUCACAUCUCUUAGUUAAGUACAAAUCAUAUCUCUCUUUGGUAAAGGGAAGACCGCUAGAGGUCAUUUGGGGCUGCAGGGUUUUGGAUAACAGUUAAUUUGAACGGAAAUCUCCUGGUUUUUGACCUAGGUUUUUUUCUCUUUUUCAACACUUCACCUCCCUGUUGCAGUCUGCUUUGUUCUUCCUUUCUUGUUGCUGUGAACAUUUUGUCCACAGUUUUUGUUUCUCUCUUAUCAAUACAUGUUUGGUUAUGGGCAAAAGAAAAAAAAGUAAUUUACCAGAAGGCAUCGGUUUCUCAUCUACUUGCUGCAAAUUCUGGUGGUUAAUGGUAAAGGGUGAGGUUUUGAGAUGAUAAGUGAGUUGGGAAACAGCUUUUUGUCAUUCAUUUUUACACAUAAAUUAUCAAAUUAUCUUUUUUUCAAAAAAGAAAGAAAGUAAAAAGGAAAGAAAAUAAUAAUAAUAAAUAUUUUCAUAUUAUCAUCAUUUUUCCAUUACUAGGAUGUAUAUGAAUUACUCUUCCAUUGAAUUGGGACUUUUGGUUCCAAGGAACUCAAGAAAUCCAAAAGUUGGGUAGCUUAUGUCUUUAUUAUCUAGAGUUGAGUUAUUGUUCUGGUCUGAUCUAGACCAGACGAGAGAAAACGGUUGUUUGAGUCAUAGGGGAAUUCUUCUGUUAAUUUUCCUCUAGGUGUUUGGUAGAGAACCCUUCGAUUUAUAUUUCAUUCCCUCUUUUGCAAUAUGUAAGUUCCUUCUUAGAUAAGAAUGCUUGGAAUUUUUACACUUGGUUGAGAGGAGAAGAGCUGCAUUUUGUUUUCUCCUCAUCUCUCUUUGAUUGUGUAAUGGGUAACGUUGGUUGUGUGAAUGAACCAUUUCUCUUUGCAAUAUCUGGUUCUUUUAGCCAUGUUGGAAAGUGUUUUUAGAGAGUCGAAUAGAUUUUGGGACAAUCCAGUGAAGAAAGGGAAUAGUGCUGGUCGGAUGUUCAAUGUUGACUCAUUUCUAGGCCAUCUGGAUGGAAAGAUAUAAAAGUUCUGACUUCUGAGAAUGUGAAUGCAGAAGGGUUUUGGUGAUCUCUGUGGGAAUUGCUUUCCUCAGAGUUCAAAAAUAGCAUGCUGUUUGGAAUGUUGCUGCUUUGUAUACUAGAAGUCUAGAACAUCCAGCUAGAAACUUCAGUGGGACACCUUUUCCUCUGUCUUUUUUAAUUCUGGAAGUUUGUUGCUUUUCUAAAAAAUAAAUAAUAAAUUGGAUGCUAGGCAGUCUCGACAAUGCUACAAGAGCAGCUGAAUUACAAAGGAACACUUGUAGGGCUUGCUGAUCCAUCUACUUCCUUCAAAGACAGAGAAAGAUGCAUCGAAAAAGGAGCAGAUUUUGUUGUGGAAAAGCCCCUGAAUUUGAAAAAGCUUACCCACAUUCUGUUCAAGGCUCUGAAGAAGAAGAAAAAGGAGAAGAUGAAGGAACAAUAGUGCAUGAAGCAUGUGUCAUGAGGAGCACAGACAAGGGUGCCUGUCAGAUGAGGGCUGAAUAUGUGAAUUGGACAUGCUAAGGCUCAAGUGCUCCCAAUUACUCAAUUGCAAAUACGUCUGUCAAAAACAAGAUUAUUUCUGUAAAUACCUCAUAGGAUAAACAAUUGAAAGGAUGAAAGCCAAGUCAGUGUGGUGACAGGAUGCUUCACUGUUACAAUAUAGUAGUUAAGGUACUGAAAUUCUGCUGUGUAUGAGCUUAACUGGUUAGAUCUGUCAGUCAUGGCUUAAAGAUUGUGGUAUAAAAGUUUGAUUCAAAAGAAAUGUGUGAAAGUUUCUGAAAUCAAGGGAUGUAAUGGUGUA